AAAGUGUGUCCCAGCAGCCCUGGUCCAGCCCUCUGCAGGCAUUUGCUCUGGGCUCCAGGACGAGCUCCUCCUCAGCUGGUGCGUCUGGGUUGGGACAGUGAAAAUGUUUAGUGUCACUGGCGACAAAUACACGUACAGGGGACCCCAGUAGGCAGGCUGGUGCAUUGGAGGGGCAGGAGCAAGCCCAACAUAGGUGUGUACACACACAUAGGAGUAGCUGGCCACAUAUGUGUGUACUUUAAGGAAAGACUUUAGGUUUUUUUUUUUUUUUUUUUUUUUGGUUCCUGGGGUAAAUUUUCUGUUGAACAUUUUUCCCUCCUAUUUAAUUUUUUUUCUUUUGAGUUUUUAAAAAUUUGAACAUAAAAAGUAUCAAAUCUUUGAAAGGACCGAGGCGUGCAGCGGACAGCAGAUGGAUCCCGCGGCCAGCAGCUGCAUGAGGAGCCUCCAGCCCCCAGCCCCUGUCUGGGGCUGCCUUCGAAACCCCCACUCAGAAGGCAGUGGGGCCUCAGGGCUACCCCACUACCCGCCCACCCCGUUCUCCUUCCACCAGAAACCAGACUUCCCGGCGACAGCAACGGCAGCGUACCCCGACUUCUCAGCCUCCUGCCUGGCAGCCACCCCACACAGCCUGCCUCAGGAGGAGCGCAUCUUCACUGAGCAGCACCCCGCUUUCCCACAGUCCCCCAACUGGCACUUCCCUGUCUCAGAGGCCCGGCGCAGGCCCAACUCAGGCCUGGCAGGGGGUUCCAAGGAAACGGGGACCAGCAGCCUGGGCCUGCUGGACACCACAGGAGGCCCAGGCGAGGACUACGGGGUGUUUGGGAGCACUGCCAAUGAGACAGAGAAGAAAUCAUCCAGGCGGAGAAAGGAGAGUUCAGGUCAAAGUGUGGUUCCAGAACCGAAGGAUGAAGUGGAAGCGUGUGAAGGGAGGUCAGCCCAUCUCCCCCAAUGGGCAGGACCCCGAGGAUGGGGACUCUGCAGCCUCUCCAAGUUCAGAGUGAGAUUCUGUGUGGAGGAAAAAUGACUAAGGACUGAGCCCUCUACCCAACUACCCCCACUCCAAUCCCACCUUUACCCUCUUCCUUCCCCAGCCAGGGCAGCCUCUCCACAUCUUUCACUGACUCUUGGAUAUGAAACUGCCCAGCAUUCCUGGGAGUCUUAGAGUUUUCCAGGAAGUUCUAUCCAACCUCUUAGCAGCCUCUUCCCUAGGGCCUUUGCUCCCACACUCUCAUGGAAUCAGACAGAGAUCCUACCAGGCCGGAUGAAUCUGGAAACAGCUUCAGAGACACUGCUUCUCAGGGUCUCUUGGCUGCCACCCAUGCCUCCUCCUACUGCCGUUCUCCUGUGUCAGCCAGGCCUCCUUCUGGUCUGGACACCACCUGGCCUGGUGGGAGAGACGCUUUGGAACCAGCUGGCGACUCGGAUAGUAAAUGCUUCAAAAGGAAGGAAAUGAUGGAAUCACACGCUCUUGCCCACCUUCCUCUGUGAGCUGUACAUCUGAGGCUUUGGGGCCCCUUAGUUGUCCCCAAACCCGAAGAAAAAUCAGAAUGUGGAGAGUCAAGGACAGCAACUCAGCUGCUACAAGCCAGAAACCCAUCACUGUCUCCAAAUUUGUUGGCUAAGUGGGGACACUUCUAAGCACUGACUAGAGAAGACAGAAAAAUAGCCUCAUGUAGGUUUCUGUGUCCCCAUAUAGGCCCGUCCACACAGGCUUGACUGGGUGGACAAGAAUGAACCCAUGACAGCACCUGCUGCUUCAAAAUCAAAAUCAAUUUUGGGAUAUAGCAGAGGCUGUUGGGCUGUGCUCCAGAGAAAAGGAGCAGCUACUCCCUUUAAAUCCACGAUUUGUGGAUUGAAAACUUCUCCAGAUGCCCAGUUGCUGGGCUGAACAACUAUGGGCUGGAAACAACGUAGAGGCUGGAAAGUGUCCCCUACAUUCUGGAGGGGAGGGGAGAUAAUAAGGAGGGCUCGGAUGAGGGCCUGGAGAUGCAGAACCCUGGCGUAGAAGGUUCUCUAGCUACAGUGUCCUGUGACUGCAAAAGGGGACAAGAAAAUCCCUCUUCCUCCAUGGCAUGGAUUUAAGCUCUUGCUGUGUGUUCUAUAAAUGCUGUUAUUGUGGGAGGAAAUGCUAGGUUUUUGUGUGUGGACUGCCCAGAUCUCAGCCAGGUCUUCUGGAGAUGGCACUUGAGGACUGCUGGCCAAACAGCAUGAGGGACUGAAGCCCUGGCUGCCUCAGCGCUCUGUCUUCCAACACCAGCUGGUGUUGCAGAGGGAGGUCAACGCGAGUUUGGAUCUCUUGUAUGCAGAUGUAAUCAUUCACAUGUAACCCCACCUCUCCACCCCAAAAAGGGCAAGAGCUGUGGAAAAUGAUUGCCAAAUGAGAUGGCUGGUUAGAGCAUGAUUUUUUCUAAAGCAUACUUUCAUAUAUUUUCUUAAGAUUACAUCAAACUAAUUGUGCAAGGUCAAUUCACUUUGUAAGAAAACUCUUAGAGAAAUAAAAUCAAUAAAAAGCAAA